GUAGAUGUUUUUAAAAGAUUGGCUAAUUUUAUGACGCUCCCUAAAAAAUAAAAUAAUAAUCAUGCAAAAAAAACAAAAAAAAACAUUAAACACAACGACCCUCUCCCAAAUUCUCUUUUCUCAAGCUUGAGUCCGGAUAUUUGUAGUCGGUCCCUGGAUUGCCAGGAAGUGAGUCAGAGAGAGCGGAGAGAGAGAGGGGGAUAGAGAUUCACAAAAUUGUUAUUGUCUGCAUUUAAAUCGACGGGGUGAGGGAAUCAAAAAUAAAAAUAAAAACACGCGUGGACUCUCCUGAACCCCGUACGGCUGUGUAUGUCCGCGUUUUUAUGAAUCUUUCGCGGAUACAGAAUAGUCUUUCUCGGCUCCUGUAGUGUAAAAACAGAGAUCUCUAUGCAGGAAUCGCGGGGACUCUGCGCCUUCCUCCCCCAUGCAGUAAUUACAUGAUAUAGGCGGCACUUCAUUAUAAUUACACUGUGUGUUUUUCUGCUGAGGACUCAGGAAUAACACAAAGGGGGAAACGGGAAGAGGCAGAAAAAAACAACGGAAAAAGAAAAAAAAAAAGAACUUGGGAAGAUUGUAAUUCUAGGAGGAAAAAAAAACGUGAAAAACAAUCAUGAACGAGGAACGCAACAGUGCUCCUAAACCUACAGUGAAACGUGAUGAUGAGGAGUAUGAGAUUUCAAUUCCCUUUGAAGAAAAUAAUUUUGAGCAGCCUGAUUAUUACAGCCAAUCAGAGAACACUUUUGACGCAGAGAUCUCAGAGCCCACCCCCAGCUCGUACAUGGUGGUGACAAAUCUUCGAACCCAGCUCCAGAUCUCCCUGGAGAAGAACUCCUGGCUUCAGAAGAGGAUCGAGGACCUGGAGGAGGAGAGAGACUUCCUGAGGUGUCAGCUGGACCGCUUCAUCGCAUUCACCAAGGGGGACCAAGGUGAUUCCAGAUCCUACUCAUGGGAGAGACGCAGAGACAAUGACCCCUCCUCCUCCUCUCGCAGGUCUGGUUCCUCCACGUUCUCUCGUCGCUCGUCUCAGCCUGCUGCUCCGAGCCAGCCCCCACAGCCCCCCCCACCCCCCCGGCACCAUCCCAGCUCCCAGCACGGCUCCAGAACCCAGUCCUCCCAGCAGCACCACGGGGCCAGCAACACCAGUAACAGUGCCACCUCCACCACGGCUUCCUACCACCAGCAGAGCACAGCAGGAAACCAGUUAAACCAGCUGCCAGGACUGCAGGCUCUGAAGGGUGAUGGAAUGGGAGGACUGGGGUUUGGGGUGAAUGGAGAUGAAGAUCUACUGGGAGAGGAAGAUGAGGGGCUGUGGGAGGAAGAGGAAGUGAUGUCGGGAGAGGAGGCCAUGUCGGACCGAGGGAGUGGGGCCUCCAAGAGGGGCAUGGCCUCAGCUAACGGUCACCAUGCUGUCAAGAGGAGGCGUGUCAUCAGAAUCUCCAGAGAGAGGCAGAGAGUCAAAGACCCAGCGGGCGUGCUGUUCCGCUACAGGAAGAUCCUCCUGACCUAUCAGAAGCUGAAGAACAUGACGAAGGCGUUCCAACACCACGGCGUGGACCGGAACACCGUGGCCUCGACCACGCCCAUCGCCGAGCUGCUGCUCGUGGCGCCCGAGAAGAUCGCAGAGGUGGGAGAGUUCGACCCGGCCAAGGAGCGGCUGCUGGACUACGCGCGCCGCUGCUACACCUCGCUCGACGAGGAGACCGCGCUCAAAGUGCAGGCCUUCAAGAAGAACAACCUGCUGCUGCCCAUCUCCUACCGGUUCAAACGCUAGAGAGAGGGGGAGGGAGAGAGAGGAAACAACCUGCUCUUCUCAUACCGUUUCAAACACGAGAGGAGGGGAGAGGGGGAGAACAACCUGCUGCUGCUGCUGCUGCCCAUCUCCUACGGGUUCAAACGCUAGAGAGAGAGAGAGAGAGAGAGAGAGAUAAAAACACACACAACCUGGACAACCUGCUGCUGCCCAUCUUCUACUGCGCCAGACACUAGAGAGAGGAGGCGAAAGAAAAUAGAGAGAUCUACAGAUUCAAACACUAGAAGGAGAGGAGAGAGGGAGGGAGUGGGUAGUAAGAGAGCUUCCUAGUGAUUUUCAUAGCGUUUGAAGCGCGAGAAACAGAGAGGGAGGUUAAUGCAGAUUGGAGAGAAGGAAAGGAGCUUCAAACGCCAUGCUUCAGUUUAUUUCUACAAUUGAAAUACACGGUUCAGAGAAUGCGCUAAAUAUAUUCAGGAAAGCGAGGGGGCUUCAAACAACAUAUAUAUUUUUUUAUUUAAAAAUAUAUUUAAGAAAAUAAAUUAAGUUAAGUUUUGCUGUGAAAUAUAUUUUAAGAAAAUAUCUCAAUAUAUUUUUACAUUUUUAAAUUAAGUCACUACAUUUAUUGUAAAUCCAUAUGAGGCGCAAUCGAUCUCGGAAACGAUCACAUCGUGGAUGAGGUGAAAAAAACCCAUAUAUUCAAAUCUAGGGACCAGUUCAAAUAUAUAAAUACUAAUUCAAAAUGGCAUUUUAAGUUAUAUACAGUCCUUAAAGCUAAAAAGUAUUAAGACAAAUAUAUCAAAAAUCUACACCAGUUAUUUCUGAAACACUAAAAAUGUCAAAUGUCUAAAGCUUUGAACCUGUAACUUUUUUAGUCGGUAUAUCUAGGCUCAAUUUUCAACGUUUAUUUUUUUCACCAGAGACCCUAAUAAAUCACUCUGAUGUUUCAAAGUAAUAUUUCUUUUAGAGCCAGGUUCUUUAUCGACUCGUCCUGAAUCCUGUUACUGUGCAUCGGGUUGCAGGGGCUUUCUGCUCAAUGCCGUCGUUCUCAGUUUAUUGUGCUUCGGACCAGCAGCCGGGGCUGAGGUAUCCAAGCUGAGCAAAAUCGAAUGCAACGGGCGUCAAUCAAACCUGACGCUUUCCUGUUGGUGACUCUGGAUAGCUCCGCCCCACCCAAUCACAGCUCAGCUGGUAAGAAACACCUCCUAAACUGAAAGCGGUGAAACCUGUUGUGCAUGGAACAAGAUGUUCCGCUGAAGAACCCGUCAAACACUCUGAAAGGGGAGGGAUUUAUUAAACGAAGCGAGCUCUAGCAGAGCUUGAUGUUAUUUCUCAACCUAUACUACUGCCGAAAGUAAUAGUAAGCUGUCACUGAACAAUAUUGUAAACUUUUUUUUGAGUUGGUCUGUGAGGUGCUUCAGGUUCAAAGUAUUUUUUUUUUUUUAAAACGCAUUAAAUUGUAAUAGAAGGGGGAUGUAUCCGGACACCCUUCUAUCAUUAAAACACUAACAGCAGCAAAAAGCUAAUUGUGGCCUUAGCACUUCUUGGUCACUUUAUUAGGACCUGUCCCUGCUAUCGGGUCACCGUUUGAUCUCAGCAUUGACGUGGCCUCGACUCCACAAGGUGUUGGAAGGUGUCUCUGUUGAUCCGCUCCCUCGUUAAUAUUGCCUCUCCGACCCUCUUCUUCCCCCUCGCUCUCUCUCUUCACACCCCGUUCACUUUGCCAUUGCUGAUGAAACUCAAGAGCAGCCGAACCAACAGAACUGUCCUUCCUACUGAUUGCAAUCCCCUCAACGGAGCUCUCCGAAUCAUGUCUGAACUACAUCGGGUACAGCAGAGUGGAGCCAUGAUUAACCUGCCCCCUCCCUGCAAAUACAUCAGUAAGACACAUACACACAGUAUACACACAGCAGUCUCUGGCUAAGAGACAACCCCUCGGGAAGCAAGCAAAGUGUUGACAGUGACAAAGAAAGACUACAGACACAAUCUGCCAAGGCCAAUCACUAUGAACCAAAUGCAAAUGUAUUUAUUACGUAUGUCGUGAAGCACGUGCAUUAACAGAAUAAGAGAAAAGCAAUAGGCAAGCUUAUAUUAAGAAACUCUAAUAAUAAACUAACUGAAAAACUCAAUUAACAAAACCCCUACAUACGGUAAAAAUUGCUCUCUAGAUUACUCUCGCGAUGGCAAGUCAGUUUUGAAAAGAUUGAAUAAGCCAUUCGAAUUUGAUUUUGAUGAUGAGGAGUUACCAGGUUACAAAACACUCCUGUAUCGGUCGGCAAUGAAUCGCUAGAGAAAGGGUUUCUUUUAAGAGGAGUUCCGGUUCCAUUAGGCGGAGCUUUUACAAUGGGAAAAUUCCAUAAGUGUUCUCUUAGGAGGUGUUACUAUAUGCAAAGACUACUAUAUCUAUCUAUCUAUCUAUAUAUAUGUAUCUUACUUACUGCUGUGUUUUUUUUUUUAUUCACUAGGGGGGCAGGGUGUUUGCAGGGUAAUAAUGCUUAAACUUUGGGGGGUAUCUUACAUAAAUAUUAAACAAAACAGUGCUGAAUUUAGAAAUACUAAAAGAAACGUCAUAAGUUCAACGACGGGCAGUUUCAAAUUUGUUAGAUUUGAAUUCCCAGUCUGGUAUACCUGAUAUUGAUUCUGAGAGCUCUGUUGAGGCCACAGGAAAUUAUACAAAGUGAAUCUAAACUACAAGAACAGUCCGUUGCUUAAGAUGACUGAGGUUUCACUGCUGUACCAAGUCGCUGUUUCAAAUGUAGUUUAAUGUAAUUGUAGCUGACAAAAUCAUUCCCUGAAUCUGACCUGUCCUGCACUUCCAUGCACGGCACACUCCUCAGAUGUGCAGGUUUGAAAGAUGGUAGAGCAAACAUGGAUUUUCAUGUGAUAUCUGCUCCUACACUGAGUUAAAGAAAGUUCCCACUUUCCAUGCCUUACUCACAGGAAAUGUGUUACACUCUGUCUGAAAGCGUGUCAGUCAGCAGGGGAAGCAACAGCUGAUUGGUUAAUGAAAGAAGCCGUGGACGGGGUGCAGUUUCACCCUCCAGGUGACCAAGGAAGUGCAGCACGAUCUGAAAGCAUGGCUUGUGCAAACAGAGAUUUCUUUACCCUGGUGUAGCAGCAGAUACAAUGAAAAUCCAUGUUUGCUUCAACAUCUUUCUAAGCUGCCUAUUUGAGGCGUGUGUAGCGGAUGGGAGUGCAGGACAGGUCAGACUCAGGGAAUGUGUUUGUAAGUUACGAUCAGUUUUUAAUAAAGUUUUGAGAGGAAGUGCAGAAAGUGAUCUAUAAGAAUGAUACUGAUGCAAAAAAAAGUGUCUUCUAAUUUGUUUUGUUUUUUUUACAUUUUGAACUGAUUGAAUUACUUCAGUAAUUAAAGCUGUAAUCAAUAGUUAUGAAAAGUAUGUUUAUAAAAAAAAACAAAAUGUUGAUAUUCGUACUGAGAAAUUGAUAAUAAACAUUUGUUGUUGUUCUGGGAAAA